CCCCCUCGCUCGCGGCGAAGAUGGCGCUGUCCAGGGUGUGCUGGGCUCCGGCUGCUCUGUGGGGCUCGGCCGUCACCCGUGGACCUUGUGUCGCCCGCAGGCUGCAACUUCUCCGCUGCGGCCGCGCCUGGGGAGCCCCUCGGUCUUCACAGCUUCACCUUUCUCCAAAGGCAGAUGUGAAGAGCUUGAUCUCUUAUGUGGCGACCAAGACAAAAGCGAUUAAUGGGAAAUACCAUCAAUUCUUGAGCCACAACUUCCCCCGCUUCUAUGUACUGUACACAACCUUCAUGAAAGGAUUGCAGAUGUUAUGGGCUGAUGCCAAAAAAGCUAGAAGAAUAAAGGCAAAUAUGUGGAAGCACAAUAUAAAGUUUCAUCAACUUUCAUACCGGGAGAUGGAGCAUUUGAGACAGUUUCGACGAGACAUCACCAAGUGUCUUUUCCUAGGUAUUAUUUCCAUCCCACCCUUUGCCAACUACCUGGUCUUCUUGCUAAUGUACCUGUUUCCUAGGCAACUACUGACCCAAUAUUUCUGGACCCCAAAGCAACAAAUUGAUUUCUUAGAUAUCUAUCAUGGUCUCCGGAAGCAGUCCCACAAAGACAUCCUUAAACACUUAGAAAGGGUCAUCCCUCGCAUCUCGGAUGCAGGGCUCCAGUGGCAUAUGAAGGAGCUGUGUGCCAAGAUUCAGCGUGGUACCCACCCAGCAAUCCAUGACAUCCUGGCUUUGAGACAGUGUUUCUCUAACCAUCCUCUGGGCCUGAUGCAACUGGAGACUCUGCAGAUGAAAGCCUUGAGUCGAGCCAUGCUGCUCACACCUUACCUGCCUCCUCUUUUGUUGCGACACCGUUUGAAGUCUCAUACCACUGUGAUUCACCAACUGGACAAGGCUUUGGCAAAACUGGGGAUUGGCCAGCUGACUGCUCAGGAAGUGAAAUCGGCUUGUUAUCUUCGUGGCCUGAACUCCACCCAUAUUGCUGAAGAGCGGUGUCGAACCUGGCUGGGAGAAUGGCUGCAAAUUUCCUGCAGCUUGAAAGAAGCAGAGCUGUCCCUCCUGCUGCACAACGUGGUCCUGCUUUCCACCAACUACCUUGGGACAAGGCGCUGAGUGAACAUGGAGCAGAUGACAUUGUCCUGCAGUCACAUAGUACAGCAGCGUGGGACCAAACAGCACUUGCCAGCAGAGUCUGUGUGUACUGUUAGGCGUGUGGGAGGCAGAGGAGCAGGUGUUUCAGGCUUCACAGUGUGGAAGCUGGAAUGGAAACAAACCCUCUUACCAGGGGUGGCCCAAGUGAGGUGUCACCCCAGCUCCUUCAGAACUGGCUGGAAGAGGCAGCAACCUCUGCUGGGCUUUGACUGUGAUGCUUUAAGUUCAGGUCCCAAGAAGUGAGUUUCUGCCCCAGGCGGGAAUCCUCAUUUGCUUAGGACUCAUCCACUGCCGUAUUUUUUACAGCUUGUUAAAGACAAUUUUUGUUAAAGACAAUCUCUGGCUGGUGUGGGGAACAGCACUAAACUGGGAAACUGGGUCAUUUAAUCCAUGCAUGUAUUUCAGUGCCUCCCCAAUCUUUCCAACAUGACCAAAUAUAGGGAUUUUUUUUUUUUUUGUCCCCUCGGACUAACCACACCCUUUCCUUUUUAAAUCCUUUGAACACUUUCUUCCCCCUCGUGCCCCUCUGAACUAUGAGGACGUUAACUAUGUUAACUUCUGGCAGAUAAAGGGAAACUACAAUUGCUUCUCCACUCCUUUCCAGUACUCAUGGCCUUCACCCCCGCCUUGUCUUAAUUUCUGGGCCGUGGUCCAGCCUCUGUGGAUCUUACUCUUUGCUACCCUCAGUACAACUGUAACUGAUGGUGGCUGCCUUCUUUAAGCCUUGGGUCAAACCUUUAAAGUACUAAUUACUGCCCAGCCAGGGAGACCAUGAGAGAUCUGCUUCAAGAUAGUAAGUUGGGUUAGCUUGUGUGUGUGUACAUUUGUGACUUGUAGUAACUUAUUGUAAAUGCAUGAAGCACUGUUUUUAAUCCCAAGUAAAGACUGCUUAAAACCAGUUGCUGGAAAUUACUUAUACUCUAUAAUCAUUUUGCUAAGGCUCCUUUUACAAGACUUAACCUUACUAAUGGGGAGAGAACUCUGGAAUAGUGUCUUCUGAUAGGAUGGAAGUUAGGAAGUAUGUGAUUCAAAGUUGAUCCUCUUGGUGGAUUUUAAGAUGGUAUCUAGGAAGGAAGGAUUUUAUAUAUGAAUUAAUGGAUUAUAAAAUGGGGCCCGAAUAGGGACUGUAGACUAAGAACAGGACCCACGCCUGCUUCAGCUGAGGAGGUGCUAAGGGCAUAAAGGGUGACCAAGUCAAGCUCUUGAUGCUGUAAACAGAAUGUUCUAUUUUCCUACCACAAAACAUUCCUGUUUCCAUUUAAUGCCUAACUGACGUAAUUAGUUUUAUAUACAAUGCUGGAGGAGCAUCCUUUCUCUUAACAAGUAACCGGAUUGUGACCUGCCAAUAUAAAGUAUAAUACACCACUCCUUUGAAUAUUUCUUUAUUAUUACAUUUAAAUAUUCUCUUUAAAUACAGCAUUAUCACAAUGUAGGACCUAAAAGGAAAACAAAAAUUGUUUUCAGAAAACCAGACAAGCUUUGGAUUCACAUUGAAAAUACUACCUGUGUACAGUAUGUGAGAAAGGAGACUGGAAAAUGAGUUGCAGUAUAAGUCAUUUCUUUUAUCUAGGCCUAUAGAGUGGGACUGAAGCUAUCUGCUUCUGUGUGCAGAAGCUAGCUUUCCCAGCAACCAUGAGUUAUCGUUCUGUCCAACUCAGGUAGCACCAGAAAUGAGAUGGACUAGGUUGUAGAAAAGGCCUGUGCUUGACAAGACAAUUAAUGCUAAAUGUUACUAUUCAGCAUUUUAAAGCUUGGGGUCAGUGAGUCAGAAGUGCAGGCAAUGAAUGACUGGGCUCAGGUUAAGAAACUAGUUUUCAGAAAAACAUCUUGGGCUUGGCAAUGAGUUUAAUAAUCAGAUUCAAAUUUUUUGUUUGAUCCCAAAGGCUAAUGUCUCUUACUGACCUGCAGGAAUCUACCUCCCAGGUUAGGUUGGUGCCGCCCUAGGAGGGAGUGUAGAGAGCUGACCCUUCCCUUCCAAAGCAGACUUUCAGAAAGAUUCUUCUCUCUGUAGAGUCAAAUUCCCAGUUCAGCUUCGGUCUUAUAUUUGAGGGUACCGGUCUAAGAUGGAGAACUGUAGCUCAGUUUGGGAUAGCAUCUGGAACACAGGUAUUUAAGACUCUCAACUUUGAUUUAUGAGGCUAGGGGGUGGGGAGAGCUCAGGACCUUAAUUAAAAACUCUGCUCCAAAUGUAAAAACCAAGCAAAAAUAGGAAUGAACAGGAAAGACAGAAUGGGCUAAAAUACCUAUCUGUGUUAAGUACGAGAACUUCCAGGCUCAGUUUAGAAAUUGUUGAGGUGAAACACUGCUGGGACACAUGAAGGCUGCUUUAAGACAGUCUUAACAUCCACAAGAAAAGGCUUUAUGCGCAAGGUAAGUAGGAAUAGUUAUCUCCCCCAUCCCCAAGAAAGUGUUUCACUUUGUUCUUUCCUGAUAAAUUAACCAUGCCAGAAAUGAAGGAAUAGUGAAACACGAGAGAGUAGUGUUUGAAAUGGCUGCCUCCAUUUCAAAACAGUCAAAGAUAACUUUACUAAUAAAGAAUUCAGUGGUGUAAAGUGGAGCAGAUGCCGGAACGUGAGUUGGACAUAAGAGAAACAGGAACCACAUGCCCUCUACAGAGGCAAGAACUGAACUUGAGUCCCAGUCUAAAAAUCCUCCAAGGUUAAGAGUCAGAAAACUGAAUUCUUUGGAACCUGGAGUUGAACAUCUAAGAAUUGGUUUGCCUUCCAAAUUUUACGUAUCAGCAAAAUGGUCUGAUAAACAUUUGCAAUUUGGAGAGAAAACUGGAGUAGUAUAAAAACUCGAAUCUGGUAUACCCAAGGACAAGGACAGACACAGGGAAAAAAAGACAAAAACGAAUUGUUGACCUUAGGUUGCCACAUCCUACAUUCCAUUAAAGCUCAAAUCUCCCGAAGAGGGAAAAAAUGACCUAGGUAAGAAAGCAAGCCUGGCCCAAGUUAAGUCAUCUUUCCAGGCAACAGCCUAUCCCUGCUGCCUCUUCUGGACGUGAUUAAUGCUCCACAUAUGCCUCUGAGGGAUCUGUGUGCUCGAGCCUAAAGCUGCCUGACAGCUAGUGUGGACACACACAGCUGACUUGCACUCUUUAUAACACAUUCCCAGCAAUUUAGCUCCUUUUCUUCAAAGGAAAAUGGAGAAAAAAAAA